UGUGUGUGUGUGUGUUGGUGUACCCUGUCCCUGCACGGUCAGAAGUUUUGCUGGCAGACAGGAGCGGUGUUGGAGUUAAAGGAAGAAUCAUUUUGUGGCAAAUUGCGUACGUUAAUUUUUUUGUUUUAUAUUUUAACUCAUCGUGGAUAUUUUUUGACGUUAUGAAGCAUUUUUAUUUUCUUUGUUCAGAUGUAAACGGUGGUAUGCUACAGCGUAACUUGUGGGUUACUAUUGUCAGAGCACUAUAGACAGGCUAUGUUGAUUGUUGCUGCAGACUGUUGCACUGGGAAUGAUGUGAACACCCGGGCAUGUUUAUCCCUUUAGUUCCGGAGAUGGGCAGUUACUCCUGUCAAUCACAAGGACGGUCUUGAAAUGGCUCACGUUUUCAUCACGUCUGUACAGGAAUAUCCGAAACUGAUUGUUAUAAUAUCAUAUCAAUAUUAUGCAGCCUUACCGCCUACCCCUUGCAGCACGUUAACACGUAUUUUAAACACCACAGCGCGACGCCAGUCUAGAUAUCUAGAUAACGAUAGUCGUGGUGAGGAUUAUUUUAAUGCUGCGUCGCAAGCUUUUAUAAAUACACAACACACACGCACGCUGUGCCCAGCUACGAUGAACCUUGUUUUAACCGGAUGAGGCUGUUGGACCGACAGAAGGUCCAGCGUCAUGCAAAACAGGCGGGGGGUGCAGCGGCAGCGCGAGGCAGAUUAGGACCGUGCUCAGGAUCAGUGGGCACACGCGCUCAGGCUCCCCCCUCUUCCACAGAGCAACUAGUGCCUCGCUCUUUUCUCAUUUCACACAUUUUAACAUUUACUUUAGGUACAUGUUUUACCCUGGACCACCUCCCCCUUCUUUUGGCCAUGCCUGGGCUUGAUUUGUAUGUUUAUCGGUGAAGCCGAUUUGGGAUUUCUUUUGUCUAAAACUGCGCUUCCUCACGGGCAUGCGCAGCACGCGCAUGGUCUCGGUUAGUUAAACCAGUACUAUUUUCAUCUCACUUGCUCAGAACACAUAAAGCUUUUUUCUUAUACGCCGAUUAUAUGUUAUAUGAGACACAUGAUUUCCUCAUAUCUUCUCCUCCCACACCUUUAUUAGAAAUGUACUGUAAUGCAGAGUGUAUGAGCGCGGUGUGCCUGGCUUGAGGUUUAUCGAGACCGAGCUGUAAGUAGGUCGGGCUGGGUUUAAGCAGCUUAGCUACGUCAGACUAAGCUGGGAGGAAUUCAUCCAAAGCCCUCCGCGGUAGGCGGGGGCCUAAACGAGGCUGGCCUAGUUAAGCCUGAUUCUUAUUGUGUGCGCAGCCUGUUUGUGUUGUGUAACGCAGAGCAGGGAAGACCUCGCCUGACAGACUGGCUCUGUCUAAAUGCAUGUUAGACAGUUGUGAUUGAGAAGAAGGGAGACAAACAGAUUCAGGAGAGAGGUAGGAGAGAGUGAGACCUAAACCAGCAUUAGCCUCAUCAGUGUGCUCAGAAAGGAACAGACCAGAGAGAGAGAAACAGGAGGGUGGAGAAGGGGGAGCAGAAGGCAAGUCUAAGCUAGUGUGCGGGUGUGGAGACGUGUUUAGGCCUGGUUCUGACUUGAUGAAUCCGCUAUGCUCUAAGAUGGCGUCAGGCUCAGUGUUCAUGUCCAACAUGGUGGGUAAGGCUCGCUCCUCCAACUUCACCCUGUCUGAGAAGCUGGACCUGCUGAAGCUGGUGCGCCCGCACGUGCGCAUCCUGGAGGAGCACACCAACAAGCACGCCGUCAUCGUGGACAAGAACAAGUGCUGGGACACGGUGGCAGAGCAGUACAAUGCCCUGGGGGGAGACCGCCCCCCCCGCACCGCCCAGGGCCUCCGCACCCUCUACAAGAGGCUGAAGGAGGCGGCCAAACAGGAAGUGAUGCAACGCAGACACACCCAGAGAGAGUACAGAGGGAACAUCUCUGAGCCCACCAGGAGAGUGAUGGACAUGAUCCCUAACCUCUUCCACCACGUUCCCCUGCACGACAAAGAGCAGGCACUGCACAGGUUGGUGUACGCCAAGCCCAGCUCCCCCCUAGAGCACCCAGGGAGCAGCUCCUCUCUGCCUGGCCUGUCUGACUACCCCACCGCCCCCCUCACUAUCCACCUGGACGGGGCCCUGGCCAGGCCCGAGCAGGAGGACGACGUCAAGCCUCCGCCUGACCUCACCAUCCUCUCCACCCGCGUGGGCCUGGACCUGGAGCCAGAGCAGCUAGACCAGGAGGAUGUGGGCAGCGUCCAUGGUUAUGAUGGCUCCCUCUCCCCCUGCCCCUCCUCCGUCAACAUUCCUCUCUCCGCCUCGCCACUGCCCCUGCGGCGCGACCUCUACCCCCACGACCUCUACCCCCGCCACGAACCGGACAGGCUCCGCCCACUGCAGCUGGCCAAGGAAGAGCACGAGCUGGUGCUGGCCAAUCACAGGAAAGUGGGCGUGUACCUGGAGGAGAAGAGGGAGGGGCUGAAACGGAAGCAGGAGUUGGAGGAGGAGCUUCUCAGAACAAAGAUCAAAGUGGAGAAACUGAGAGCUGCCAGACUCAGACAUGGCUUACCCCUGCCCCUGUAGCAUACACACUGCCCCUGUAGCACACACACUGCCCCUGUAGCAUACACACUGCCCCUGUAACACAUGUGAAGGGAUAAUGCUGGGAUGUGCAUAGCAGCUUGUGUCUGUGGAUGACCCAGACCCCGGUCCCAGACCCCAGACCCCAGUCACAGACCCCGGUCCCAGACCCCGGACCCCAGUCCCAGACCC